AUGGCUGUUUAUCCUGAGGUUGGGGCAUUUGAUUUAGAUUAUACUGUAUGGCCAUGUUAUUGUGAUACUCAUUUGGCACCACCUUUUACGCCUGUGAAGAAAGCUAAUGGUGAAGUACAUACGGUAGUUGAUGCAAGAGGGUUUGAGUUAUCAUUUUAUGAUGAUAUUCCAAGGAUAAUAACUGAUUUAAAAGAACAUGGCGCUAAGAUAAUAUCAGCCUCGAGAACAUGGGCUCCAGAGAUUGCUAAAGAAUUGUUGAAUGAAUUUAAAGUAAAAUAUAAUGGUAAAUUAGUCACAUUAGGAGAGCUAUUCGAUGCAACUGAAUGGGGUGAAAGGAGUAAAGUUGGUCAUAUUGGGGAUGGAUUGAAGAAAAUAUAUGGGAAUGACAACCUAAGGAAAUACAAGAUAUGUUUAUUUGAUGAUGAAUCAAGAAAUAAAGAUGUCGAAAAGUUUGGAGUAAAAUUCAUCUAUGUAAGGGACCCAGAAAAGGGACCAAGUUGGAAACUAUAUCAGGAUUAUAUUAAUAACGAAGCCUGA